AUGUUUCCCGAUCCGGCAGUCCUACCCGAAAGAUACUACCGCUGCGACUCAUCAUAUAGCGAUUGGCUUCUGAAGUCUCUUUCCCUAGCCCCCAAAAUCCACAUCACUAUGGCCCACCGCUUUUCGCUAGAUGAUGCGCCAGAUAAGGAUGCUAAGAAGUUAGUUGAAGAAUCUCUGGUCGCGAUCCAUGGCGGUUCCCCUACGUUCAAAUGGAUCGAAGAUGACGGCAAAUCGCUGGUGGGGAAUUGGGCACCAUUAUGGUAA